UGCAGAUCGAAAUCAGCUGUGAGGAAUUGGCUUCAGCAUGCUUCAGCCAGUUUUGAGAGUGGACAGAGUUUUUGGCAGCCAGUUUGGUUGAAUUCUGCAAAAUGAACGCCAUUGGAACAACUGUUCAGCACUUGAUGUUCGUUGGCAAGCUGGGGAUGCCAUGACAGGUCCUGACUGGGAAAAUGGUUUUAGUGACGCACUGCGAAACUUUGAGGAAGCAGUAACUCUGUGGAGACGGCGAGAAGAGGCAACCUGCGAAGAGAAGAUUGCGGGCCGCAAUUUGAAUCAACGCACGGUGGCUAGUUGCGACUUCACUGCAGAGGACUGCUUGAAAGCUCACUUUCCUGAUCGGGAGGAUGAUGAGAGUGACGCACCCUUGCAGACACUUGUGAAAGUUGCCAAGAGCCAGCGCGAGGAGCUCCAGGAGGUCUUAGAGCUGGUGCGAAAUCAUUCAGAACGCUUUGAAGGUCACACCCAGCUGACUGCCCAACUGCCCGAGCAAGGCAAAGCGGCUCGCAAGAGUGGGGCUGAUGUGGUUGCCCUUUUGGCGGAGCUUCUUGAUGUGGCGUCGCGCAACCUCAGUAAGACCCGGAAAGAGGAUGACCGCCGUGAGGAACGCAAUGGACGAGGACGUGAAGAAAACCGUAUCCGUGAACGCCGUGAUGUACGCAAGGAAGAAUAUCGCCGCGAUGAUCGCCGGGAAGAAGAAAGAUAUGAUAAGGAUCGACGAAGGCGAGAAGGUGGAGGUCGUGACGAUGGGCGAGGUCGUGAUCGAGACUAUCGGGGCAAGGAAGACUAUCGCCGCGAAGAUCGUCGCCACGAUGAUGAACGUUAUGAAGAUGAUCGCCGGCAAGGCCGUGAUGACGGGCGUCAUUAUCGCGCCAAGGAUGACUAUCGCCGUGAAGAUGGACGCCGAGAAGAGCGCUAUGAGGAUGGCCGCCGCCCCCCAGGGCCACGCCGCGAGGAGAUGCGCCCUCGGUCUCGCAGCAGAGGGGAUGCAGCUUGAUGCUCCAACUGGCCGAAGAGGAAUAUAUCUCAAUCCUGAAUCUGGAUAUUCUUAUUAUCAAUAAUUGGUCAAAA